CCUGCGCGUCAAAUGGCAGAGGCUCGAGCCGCUUGUUUGACUGCUCGAUGCCAAGAGAUAGGAAACUCCUCCCUGCCUGAAAGCACGCGCACUCCGCCGUCUCAGCGAAAUGGUCUCAUGGAUUAUCUCUAGACUUGUGGUGCUCAUUUUUGGCACACUGUACCCAGCCUACUCAUCAUACAAAGCAGUCAAGUCAAAGGAUGUGAAAGAAUAUGUAAAAUGGAUGAUGUACUGGAUCAUAUUUGCACUUUUCACCACUGCAGAAACAAUCACAGACAUCUUUCUCUGCUGGCUACCCUUUUACUAUGAGCUGAAGAUAGCCUUUGUGGUGUGGUUACUGUCUCCUUACACCAAGGGGUCCAGUGUCCUCUACAGAAAGUUCGUCCACCCAACUCUGUCCUCCAAAGAGAAGGAUAUUGAUGACUAUCUAUGCCAAGCCAAGGACAAAAGUUACGACGCCCUGGUACACUUUGGAAGAAAAGGGCUGAAUGUGGCGGCCACCGCUGCUGUGACAGCCGCUGCCAAGGUCUCCCAUCUGCUGGAAAUAGUUAUGUGCAGGGAGUACACUCUGUGGCAGGGGCAGGGGGCAUUGUCGGAGCGGCUCCGCAGCUUCAGCAUGCAGGAUCUGUCCUCCAUCCAGCAGGAGGCGCCUUUGAAGAGCCCUGCCCCUGUGUCCUCUCGAUCCACAGCAGGACAACCCAGAGCCCGUGCCACCACCCGUAGCAACUCGGAGACUGCAUCCAGCAAGGGCUGUACCCAUUGUGAGCACUGUAGCAUCCCAACUGGGCGCCCUGGGGAGGACUUUGACAUGAAUGAGUACGAAGUGUUGAGCACAGAGCACUGCAGCACCCAGGAGCGGCAGUUCCUGCCCUUUGAGCCCUCUGCAUCUCCAGCAAUCCCUGAUGCUCUUGUGACCCCCAAGCCCCCACCUCAGAUGGAGGAGGAGGAAGGGAGGGGCAAUGGGGAGGAGUCAGGGGCCAGCACUCAGCACCUCAAGCUGGUAAAGAGGAGGGCGCCUGAGCCUCCUCCUAGAGUCUUGAGGCCUCGCCCCAGAUCAAAGAGCGCUUCGUCUGUGAGCAGUGAAACCAUGUGACAGUGUGAGGCCACCGGACGCAGCCAAUCAAUACACUCCCGGAUCGCUUAGCUGCCUUAAAUGAAUACAGAAGAAAACAAGAAAAGGGAAAACGACAGAAAAAUUCAAACAAACAAUAAUUAAAAUGCAGCCACAUUUCAGCAGAAGGAACCGAAGAGGCCACCAACCUCCCGCCGGCUUACGUCACAGUCCGCGUGCUAUGGAGAGAACGUCCUCAUGGCAACCGCGCCCCGCAGGGUUCUGUUCUCCUGUGUCACCGGUCGUUGAUUUGACGCCCUUUUCUCCGAUGUGUUUGUUUGAUUUUUGUUUGUUUUGUACGUGCCAAUAUUCAUUGUUUUUCUUUUGCUGAGGAGAACGCAUGUAUGUCUUUUGAAUGUGCGGUCAGUUUUGUAAGACACAUGUUGGGCGCAGAGCACGUAUGCGCAAGUCCACCUGGUAACGUAAUUCUCCUCAUGGAGGAGGUGACGUCAUUCGGAACAGGAGGAGACAGCUGCCUAUUUGAGGAUGAAUGCCCCGGGAAACCUAUUUUAUCAAAGAUGGUGAAUUUGUUAAUUGUGCUCAUUGCUUGUACUGUGCCAAUAGAAUAUAGAAGUGUGAACAGAUUUAUCAUUACACGUGUCUGGUAAUACACAAUAUCCUGUAGUAUUAUGAG